ACUAUAAAGUUUGAUUUAGCUCACAAAUACUCCAAAAAGUGUUGAUGCUUUCUGUAGUAAAUUACAACCACAACCAACCAAUCAAACAGAAAAUGUAGACAAUUUAUUUGUGUGUAUCAAGUUUAAUAUCAAUUAAAAUUAAGUCAAUAAAUGAAAGUUUCUACAAAUUGCGAUCAAAAAAUCAUUUAGAAAUUACUGCCUACAGAUGGAAGUGUUCCGUGGUCGAGAAAAACUUACAACCUGCAUAAUCAGCUGUCAGUGAGAUAGAUCAUCUGUCCCUGUAAAUAUAAAAGCUAAAACAAUCAAAACACUGUGUCGUUUCGCGCGUGUAAAUAAUGAAGUGAGCGAUGAACAGAGACGUGACUCCGACACCGCGCUCGGCGGGACCCGACUCCGACACAGAUAUGGGAUAAUAACCUAUCGCACAGCGAGUCGAUCGCUAUGGCAGGAGCCCCUUGAGGUCACGCGGAGAGUUUCUCAUUCGGAAGGUCAGUACAUGCCCCAGCAUGUCCGGCGAGUUCCCCUUCGCGGCGAAGACGGUCAGCCCCCUGAAGUGCAUCGAGAAGCCGUGGGACCUGUGGGUCAGCGAGAUCGGGCACCCGUCCCCGCGGCGCGACGACGAUGGCGCCACGUUCACGGCGCCCGCGGCCGUGGACAAGGCGGGCGCGCGCCGCGACAAGGGCCGGCCGCGCUACCGCCGCGCGGGCGUCAGCCGCCUGCGCUACGACAGCAUGAGCCUGCACGGCCUGUUCCCGCAGAUGGACGAGCUCAACGCGGCCGUGUGCCACAUGUGCGGCGAGCUGGUCAAGUGCAGCGCCGCCUACCGCCACCUGCGCGACUCGCACGCCGAGCCGCUGCCGCCGCCGCCGCCGCCCGCCGUCAAGCUCAAGGCCGCGCCCGGCCGCGCGCGCCACAAGCGCGAGCCGCCGCCCGCGCCGCUGCAGCUGCCGGCGGCGCCCGACCUGCGCCUGCUGGAGGAGGCGGCCGCGGCCGCGCUCGCCGCCGACGUGCAGGUCAGCGUGGCGAGUGGCGAGCUGCCCGUCGUCAGCAUCCAGGACCCCGAGGAGCUGCCCCUCGGCGACAACCUCACCGACGACAUCUUCGCCAUCAUGAACUCCGAGGGCAUCCAGAGCGCCGACGACAUCACCAACGUGGCCGACUGGAAGAACAUCAUACAGGACAUAGGCAACAUGCAGGAGAUCAACUUCCCAUCCACCACCGACACCGUACAAACUCAAGACUUAUAUCCCACGGUAGACGCCUCCCUGGCUGGGUACACUAUAACGGAUGCCGACUUGUCUAGUUUACAAUUCGCAACCGACCCGUCUCCUAUGCUGCCAUCUGUGAUAGAUCCUAGUUUAUUCAACGCUCAAGCUUUAAAACCGGCGCCGACGACGCCCUCCACGAAGGCGUCCACGCGCCGCGCCAGCAAGACCAAGUUCAACCUGCGCGAGUACGACCCCAACAAGCACUGCGGCGUGGUAACGGCGGAGAACCCCAAGCCGUGCACGCGCUCGCUGACGUGCAAGGCGCACGCGCUUUCGCUGCGGCGCACGGUGGAGGGGCGCGCCAAGCCCUUCGACACGCUGCUGGCCGAGCACCGCGCGGCGCGUGACGCGGCGCAGCAGCCGACCGCGCCGCCGGAGCCUGCACCGGGGCUGGAGCGCCACGUGCACGACAUCUACGCCAGCCUGCUGAGCGACGAGCCCGCGCUGCCCGAUGCGGCGCUGGCGGCGCUGCUGAGCCCGCCGCCGCCGGCCGCGCCGCACGUGCCGCCGCCCGCGCCCCCGCCGCCCGCGCCGCCUGACGCGCCGCCGCCGCUCGUGCCGGCCGACGUGUGCUGGUACGCGGCGUGCCCGCGCCCGCUCGCGCUCUGCACCUUCAACGCGGCGCACGCGGGCGGCGCGGUCACCUUAGGUAAGAAGUUCGCGACCGUCCGGAGCAACAUAAAGUCGUCGCUCUCGCGGUCAAACAAGACUACCAGUGCAGUGAACAGUUACUACGGCCAGAGCCUGUCGUUGUCCAAGACUAUGCACAUGAACAACGCGAGCAAAGCGAACAAGCCGGAAGUGCGGAAACUCAUAGUGACGUGUAGUGCGGGGCGGCAGCACGCGCUCAGCGAGCUGUUCGGCGCGGACGUGCGGCACGCGCUCAACGGCCACGCGCCGCUAGCGGAGCGCCGGCCGCGGCCGCUGAAGGGCAAGCGCUCGGGCGGCGCGAUGGACCUGGGGUUCUCGCUGGACCCGCUGCUGGCCGACGAGAAGUGCUGAACUGAGCCAUCAUCGGUUGUGUAGUCACAUAGUAAUUGUAUAUUUAUUUUUCUGUAAAGAAUCGAAUCGGACUCGCAUUGUAAAUGUUGUAAUCACGAAUUUUGUCCCCGACGGAAUUUAAAUGUUACAGUAAUGUUAAAUCUCAUUUUUUGUCGAGAAGCAAACUAAUAUUUGUAUUAUUUUGUAUAUUGUUUAUAAGAUUUUUUUAUCACCGACGCGUUGUCGUCGGUCUGGCGACAGAUUGAUAGAUUAUGCAGAAUGGUUGUAUUUUUUCGAUUGACGUAACUCAUUGUUGAUACUGAAAUGAAUACUGAAAAUGGCCUAGGAUUAAUGUUUAAUGUGAUGAAAAUUUCCAUGUAAAAAUAUAAAUACUAUUAAAUAAGUCUAUCCGUAAUAGUAAAUCGCCUCCUUUUGAAAAUACCUCAAUAACUAAAAUGUCUUGUUUUAAUUCUCGCGAACACCUCACGAACUGGUUUGAUAUGGAUUCCCACGGCUGGUGAAAGUCGCGGAAGUUCUCGUACUGACUCACUUGUUACCAAUUGUUUUUAUUUUUACGAUUCGUAAUUUUAAUUAAAACCAUAUCAAGCUUUAAAUAAAAUGGUUAACUUUUUAUUCAAUUGUCACAAUUAUUAUUUAUCGAUUUUUAUUAAUCAACGAGGCUUCAGAUAUUAGGCAGGACCUACAAUUAUUUUUUUAUAAAACAGUCCACCUCAAGUUGUAUGGUACUUAAAUUAUAUAUGAUAUAUACCAGUAUAAAUCCUGAAGAUUAUCUACUAAAAUCAAUGCGAAAUAAAUUAUCAAAAUAG